AAAAUGUACACACUUGUUGAAGCAAUUACACGCUGUAGAAUCACAUACAUCCUAGGAAGAGACGCGCGCCAGUACCAUGCAGUUCUGGGCAUGCGCAUUGCACUUCCUAUAGCUUUUAAUGGAGAAAUAUCUUUAACGCCAGGGUUGAGAGGGCUAUAUUCUGACGACGAUUCAAUGCCAAGAUAUGCGCAACAACAGACUGUUAUAAUGGAGGAAUACUUGAAGUGAAAAUUAUGUUCUGUAAUUCUCCAUAAUGAAGUCCGGGUGAGGGGUGAGCUUAUAUGCACCGGUAAUAACCUGUUCUGGUCGUGUUUACAACCACUAUAGUGCGCAAGUAGAAGAAAACGUCGACGCCACCAGAUGUGCAUGUUUUCGUCACCCUAUUGCCUUUAAGUAUUUACAUGUAAUAAAUUACUUUUGGUAUGUGGACUAACAUUAACAUUUCUGUAGCGAUAGACCCGUGCACAGUGUUGUGAUAAAGACAGCGGUAUUGGCGUCAGCAAUGUCUGCCUCAAUCAAACAGCAGGCUCUGCUGCUCCACAUUUGGGCAACAGAAACAGCCGAUAAAGUGAUUUUUGUCGUGGAAACAAUUUAGGCCAUGGCUGGUUUGUGAAUGGAAAUGCUCUUAAUAAACUAUAUAACUAGGCUACAUAGGGCCUACAUUAUCCCCAUCUAUUAUCUUAUAGUAUGCUAGGCACAAAUAACAUUCUAAUAACGAUGCUAUUACUACAUAUAGAUUAGGUGUAUAUUUCUAGCGUCAGAUGGGCGUUAUAUGGGACAGCGUAUAGAUAGCCAUCAGACGGCAUGGGCUACUGUGUUAGAGGGAGGGAAAUGCCGACAGGUAAUUCUAGAAGGCCCAGGUGCAUUGGAUUGCUCUGGGUUGCUACAGGCUUUAGAUCUGUGGCGGGACUGUCACCAGCAGUCUGCAAUGACACAUUCCACACCAAAUAUAGAAACGUAGGCCUAGUUACAGUUGCAUUGUAGGGCUGUGUAUGUAAUAACACUUCUCUUUUCUCCUCUCCUCCAUAGUUUGUGAGAUAAUCAAAAUUGGACCUAAGCAAUAACAGGAAUCAUGGUGACUAAGAAAAUCCGUACGGAGUACAUGAAGAAAUUCAAAGAGCCGAAAUGGGAGACGUUUUCCAAGUGCUACGAGGACUCAGUGAAGUACAGGUUGACUAGGCGGGUGAUGGAGCACGCUCACAAACCUCUGUGGUUCUGGGAGGGUUGGGAUACCUCGACCGGGUCAGACUCCAGCGCCAGUGGGCGGUCGACCCCCAAGGUGAGGAAUAAAGUCACGCCUGUAGACAUCAAACUUCAGACACCACCAGUGAAGUCAGAAUCAAGGGAGAGCCCGAAACCGAAGCCUCGUUCUGUGAAUGGGGAACCAGAAUUGGAGGCCAAGGAGUUUACCCUCUUGGAUGCACUACCACCCACAGAGUCUGUAAUAGAGAACGGGGGCCUAAACGAACCAGAUGAGGGGACAGUUAACGGGUCAGUAGUACAACAUGGUCCAGUGGCUGAAACGCCAACAGAUGAGGGACCAGCAGGCAAGGCGUCAUCAGACGAGGAGCCGGUGAAGACUGAGCCUAAACGUCGCCACCGCCACCGUGUCCCUCACUCAGAACCAUGUCAAAGGGACUGUUCCUGUGACGACAUCAAGUCUGCGCCUGUCAGGAACCCCUCCAGAGCAAAGAGCCAGCCCCCAGCCAUCACCACAGAGAAGGAGAACAGACAACCUUCGUCCCGGCUCGACUGGGCAGAGAGACACGCGUCAUCUGCUAGGAGGUCUACAAAUGAGAGUCGCACAUCCGACGCAUGCAUCCAGACCAGACGGGAGUCGGAUAAACGCUGUUGGAACGUGGAACGAAGGAGGGCACGGUCCGCUGACCUGGAGAAGAUACGGAGGUCGGAGUUGGCCGUGGUGGAUGACCGUUGGAUGACCGAGUACAUGCGCUGCUUCUCUGCCCGGUUGAGGUAGAGCACAAGGAUCAUGGGUAUUCCACCACCACCCGUCGACAAUUCUAUUUUUAACACCAUGUUUCCUUAUUGAGGAUUGGUUAACAGAACAAAAUUAUUGGAUUGGUUUAGACACCAAUUAGGGCCCUGAGGCCACGUAACCUGACUAGGAAGAACUCAGGUCCCUAAUCAUAAUGUAUGGUUGAUUUGUUAAGUUGAUCGCUGAGUUGGCGAUAUGCCACUUUUCUUCCACAAGGGAUGACACAAUCAUAGUAGAAUAUUGCAAGAUAUGUAGUUAUGCUUCUAGAAAUUGGACUGGUUUGUACAUGUUUAUGCUGCUGACUACAGAGUAUGAUUUAUACUGUAUUAUUAGACAUUCCAAGCAUGAUGAUGGUCUUUACACUUCGCUUUAGUUUGGUGGCAUUUUUUACAUUCUGUGUUGCUUAUGUCAUUUCAGGCUAUAUCACAAAGGCAGCUGCAUAAAAUCCAAAAGAUAGAUCAGGGGUAUUCAACCGGGAGUACUGCAGGGGGUCCGCAAUAAUAUAUAUACUAAAAGCUACAGUAGAAAAUAGGAGAAUGUUUUUAUUUGAAACUAUAUUUCUCUAUUCCUAAUAUUGAGCAAGUUACACUCAUUAGAGCUAGUUACAGUCAUUGGAGCUAAUUACACUCAUUGGAGCUAAUUACACUCAUUAGAGCUAAUUACACUCACUGGAGUAUCUGACAUACUGUAGGCUUUGACAAAGCACCCGCUGGUAAGCUGUCUUGUCUUGCAUAUUCAUUUUUGUGAACACAUUCAUCCCCCAAAAAUGUGGAGUUUACACUUCCCCUUCCAAUUAUAAUGGGGGAGGUCAAAAUAAUGAAAAACGAUCUACCAAAUCUAUUAAUUUAAAAAUGUUGAUUCAUUCUCCUUGCCAUUCACCUGAUGAUAAAACAAGACAUGUGGAGGAAAAAGCAAGCAUAAGAUGGGGGUCGCCGGUUUACGGGCGGGGGUUCCUGGGGAAGAAUUUAAAUGUUUUAUUUAACUAGGCAAGUCAGUUAAGAACAAAUUCUUAUUUACAAUGACGCCUACCCCGCCAAACCCGGACGACGCUGUGCCAAUUGUGUACCGCCCUAUGGGACUCCCAAUCAUGGCCAGAUGUGAUAUAGCCUGGAUUUGAACCAGGGACUGUAGUGACGCAUCUUGCACUGAGAUGCAGUGCCUUAGACCGCUGCACCACUAGGGAGCAAGGUUGAAAACCCCUGAGUUAGAUGAAAGGACCAAACAAUUAUUGUUUUAGAUAUUACAGUAUUUUCUAACGACUAAAAGCCAUAGCCAAGGGGUUGUGGCAUAGAGCUGCAGAGAACGAAACUGCUAGCGGGCUAAUAUCCUGCAUUAGCUUUAUUGUAUUAGGUUGCAAAUUUCAAUCUAAAUAUAGAAUGCAUUCCAGAGGAUUGUUUUUAUUAAUAUUUACAUUAAAGCUCUUAUCAACAGUACCAUGGAAAUUGAAGUUGUAAAGUUGGAGAAAGAUACUGUUAGACAUUGUAUGACAUAGUUAUUGCGCUCACCCCUGUCUGUUUUCUCUCCUUUACAUCUUGGCUAGCCUCGUACGAACCAUCCUGUUCUCGCGAGCUCACAUUCUGUUUCGCUAACAAGGAUACAGAAUGUGAGCUCGCUAGAUCAGGAUGGUUCGUACGAGGCCACAUCUUGGUAGCUUCGCCCUCUAAUUUGGGGUUGUCUUAUAUUUUGCAAUCACAAACACUCACCGCCUCAGUAUUGUAGUGGACAGAAUGAAAUUGCAAUGUAACGUGGUAAAGAAAUGCCCUUAUGUGCUACAUUACCAAAUACGGUUUUUAGAGUAUGUCACUCACCAUCACCAUUGUCUUUGACAGGGUUUCGUAGGUUGACUUAUUUGAUGGUUAUUCAUACUGAAUUGUGAUGUCAGUACCAAGUUCUGUAUCUGUAAUUUAAAUUGAGGGCUAUUUUGACAGAAAUGAAGUGUUGUAUUUGAAAUCUUGGUUGUUGUGGGUUGUGAAUAAUGCUCAGUUUAUAUACUUUUCCAGUUUUUUGGAGUGGGGAAAUGGGUGUGGCUUUAAUUGACUAAUGCGUGUGCAAUCUGAUGAGACUUCCCUUGUGUCUGCCAGAGGGGCGUCUUUAGUGUGUGUGAUUGGUUGUGGUUGUAUGGGCAGAGAGAGCUCACUGUUAAGAAGAUUGGACUGGCAUUAUCUUAUGGUCAUCUUUAUUCAGAGUGGUCAAAGAUCCAUUGCUGGUCAUGUGACACUUUCCUCCUAUGUCAUCAUGGAUUGGCAAAACAACCAAGUCAUUCUUUACUUGAACAUUGCAUUAUUUAUAAGAAGUUAUAGGAUUUAAUGUCAGGUUAUGACCAUGUCAUGAAAACUGAAGUGGCUGCUUAUAUCACAGACAGGUUUGACUAGUGUUUGUGUAUUCAUUGUCCUCUACAACAUUCCUUUAUGAAAAUGUUCAUUCCAAGAACCAUCUCUCAGGAAGGAAUAAGACACUAAUGAUUUGUCUAUAGACUUACUGUAACUACAAUGUGAGGAAAUGUGAUGUACUGUUUCAGGGGUUUGGAACACACUGAUUCAAAACUAAAAUGAUUGUUUUAUAUAGGACAUUAAUUGUUUGCGCUCUCUGAACAAAGAUUUGAGUUAUUUUUAUGUGUGGAUUUGAUUUGCAUAAGAUAUUAUUUGACCAAAAGUGAUAUGUGUAUCAUACCAUAGUACAUAUAACCAUGUUUGUGUUUUAUUUCAACAGAUGUUGACUUUUUUUUUCACUGUAUUUGUAUUUCAAAACAUGCACAAUGAUAUAUAUUUUCAUCCACUUUCAAACAUUACUGUGAAUUAAAAUCAUAUUUGCAUAGUU